AUUAUAAUUCCCAUUCUCUUUGAUUAUAAUAAAAUGUCAAAUGGUCAAUGUUUUGUAUUUUAAAAUUUGUUUUUUUAUUUUGUUAGUUUUUUAUAUAAAAUAUAAAAAUUCUAAACAGAAAAUAUAUAGAAAUGGGAACCCCUGAGCUUCAAGAGGAUGAUUGGGAGCUGCCGUGUUCAGAUGAGGAAUUAUCAAAAGCUGGCGUUAUUAUCGGCAAAAGCUGGAUGCCUGAUCCAACAGAACUGGAGGAACUUUAUAAGAAUAUUGAAAAAUCAGGGACACUUAGCUUGGAAUGGAAGUGUCCAGGAAGGCGAGCUCCUUCACCUGUUCCAGUAAGUAAAGCGAAUCAACCAGAAAUGCCUGUAUCACCAGUCAGAGAAGAGAAAUCCGAUUUUGAUUUUAUGGACGAAGUGAAUUCGCUAAAUUUACGAGUACGCAGGGAAGGUGAGGAUACAUUGAGAGGUUCGGCUAAAAAGAAAACUACAUCAUUUGAUGGAAUUUUAUCCAACAUGAUCAGACACAAACGGAUAGAGCAAAUGGAAAAGCAAGCAAAUACACCCAUAUCGAAUGCACCGUCUACUAAACCAAGUUGAUAUAUAUACUAGUACAACCGCCAAAUAAAAUCGUUAUUCUGACGAAGAA